ACAAGCCUGUUAAAAAUUUCAGUGUGAGAACCAAUAAUACAAAUUCUGCGAAUGCGUUGUUAGCGAUAUGAAUAUUGUCUUUCUAACUUAUCAGAUGUUUAUGAGAUAAAGCAAUAAUGAGAAAACACAGCAAGAAACAGUCCUCUGCGUUCUUGUGUUUGCGGCGUCAACAUGGACCUUGAGCGCCGUCUGUCCUUUCCCAGGUUAUCGCGGGCUGUCCAUGACACCGGCCUGUGGCUGCCUCUAUAUAACCUUGGCAGCCGACCCCCUCAUCAUCAACAGUUGACCUCCAGUCAUACUGUCAAGCUUCCUACAUCAUGGCGAAACUCUUUGGCAUCUUCGUGCUGGCCUGUCUGUUAACUCUAGGUGACUGUCAUCUCAGUGUGCGUCAAGCAUCAUCGUCUCUGGCGCACUCGUCUGGUGACUUCGGCACCAAGCUGUACAAGAAACUCGUGGCCGACAACAAAGACAACGUGGUGUUCUCCCCCAUCACCGUGUACACUGCGUUGUGCAUGACGCUGCUGGCGGCCAAAGGCGACACCAAGCUGCAGCUGCAGAAGGCCUUGGACAUCAAGCCCGAUCAGAAUAUUCACAGUGAGCUGCGUGAUGUGCUGACUUCCGUCCUGAGCCCUGACCAGAACAGUGACGUCAAGACACGUCUGGCCAACGCCAUCUACUACGAUCCAGCCAAGAUCACCAUCGGUGACAGUUUUAGGGACGACAUAAUAAACUACUACGGAUUAAAUGCCCUCAAGCGUCUUCAGCAACAAAAUCGAGAGAGAGACAUCAACGCUUGGGUAAACGACAUUACCAGUGGCGCCAUCACCAAGCUGGUGGAACAAGGGGAGAUUAGUUCGGAUAAAGCGAUUCUUCUUCUGAAUGCUAUCUUUUUCGAGGGUUCGUGGGAGGCUAUGUUCCCUGCGGAGCUGACGAGAGACAUGGACUUCCAGAAGUCAGAAGGUGACAAAAGGAAGGUGCGCACGAUGCACCAGGAAAACUUCUUUGCAGUCAAGCGCGUGGAGGAUGAAAAGGUGCGGGUGCUGGAGCUGCCCUACAAGGGCAACCGCUUCAGUCUCUACGUCAUCCUGCCGGACACCAAGGAGGGUCUGCAACACCUGGAGGGUCAUCUCGAUGGCCAGGUUCUGGACAAGAUCGUCAACUCCAUGCCCCAGCCCCGCCUACACAAAGUGUACCUGCCCAAAAUGGAGCUAAGCUACCGAAAGAAGCUGGACGACAAGCUGUUUGACAUGGGGUUGGACAAACUCUUUGACAACCGUGCUGACUUGUCAGGCAUGCAGCGUGAAGGGGAGAUCAAACGUGACCUGUACAUCAACGGAGUUCACCACAAGGCCAAGAUUGAGGUGACUGAGAGCGGAACCAGGGCAGCACCUGUGACAGAAAUCAAAGAUUCCCGCAACUUUGCCCUUCCUGAAUUCAAGGCCGAUCGACCAUUCAUGUUUGUCCUGCGAGAGAAGAAGAACGACAUCAACGUCCUCAUUGGUCGUUUCAAGGGCCCCGCGGCGAGGGAAGAGUAAUGCGAGCUGCAGACACGUCAGUCGCUUCCAAGUCUUUGUCAGUGUUAUUUUGAAGUCUAAUAAACUACUGCG